AUGCUUCAGAAUCCCCUUCUCUUCUUGCUUCGCGCUGCACAGAUCUACCCGGAUAAAAUCGCCCUAGCGCAUCCUGAUGCCAAAUAUCCGGUCGUCUACACCUUUGCAGUAUGGGCUCAGAGAAUUCAGAACCUGGCCUAUAGCCUCAUACGUGCAGGAAUUAAACCUGGUGACAGAGUGGCAGUCAUUUCCCCGAAUUCUCCCAUGAUGGCGGAUGCAUGUCAUGGUGUCCUGGCCGCGCGCGCUAUCCUAACGCCCAUCAAUACGCGACUCAAGCCACAGGAGGUACAUUAUAUUCUAGAUCAUAGCGGCGCCAGCCUCAUCCUCAUCGAUGAAGAGUAUCUGCCGCUUAUAGCAGGAUCCGAGCGUCCUAGGAUUGUGUGUAAAGACACUGGUACAAGUGAUGACCCAUACGAAGAAUUCUUGAGUGACGGUCGAUGUUACAGUCAAGAGAGAGGCUGGGCCGGUUUAGAUGUAGAGCCGGACGAAAAUGCAGGAGCUCUGCUCUGUUACACAUCUGGUACCACCGGGCGACCGAAAGGCGUCCUCACAACACUGAGAGGCACAUACUUGGCAGCCAUUGGCAACGCUUUUGAAGGACGAAUUGACAAAGAAUCAACGUAUCUUUGGAUUCUCCCCAUGUUCCACGCCGGAGGGUGGACUUUUCCGUGGAGCAACACGUUCGCAUUUGCAACGCAAAUCACACAACGGACCGUCAAUUACCCACAAAUCUGGAAGCACUUUCUGCAUUCCAAAGUGACCCACUACUGCGGUGCCCCGACUGUGCAGAUUGGCAUCGUAAAUGACCCAUCUGCGAAGAAACUGACCAAGCCCAUUUCUGCUAUCAUUGCUGGUGCUGCACCCACUGCACACCUCCUUGGAGCGCUCGAAGGAAUCGGAAUCAAACCAAUCCAUGUUUACGGUUUGACGCUCCCGCAGACAUACGGUCCGUUCACCAGAGGUUAUGAUCAACUAUUCUGGACCAAAAUGACCCUCGAACAACGAUCGAAGCUAAUUGCUCGACAAGGACACAGUUUCGCCACAGCAGAAGGCGUCCGUGUAGCAGAGAUACGGGACGAUGACCAGAUUGUAGAUGUUCCUCGAGAUGGGAAGACAGUGGGUGAGAUUAUUACCAGAGGCAAUCUUGUGAUGAAAGAGUACUUUCGGGAUCCUGAAGCUACGACAAAAGCUUUCCGUGGAGGUUAUUUUCAUUCAGGAGAUUUAGCCGUUAUGCAUCCUGAUGGAUCGAUUGCCGUGGUCGACAGAAGCAAGGACAUCAUUAUAUCCGGCGGAGAGAAUGCCUCUAGUCUCGCUAUCGAGCAAGGAAAGCAUAGCUGCUUAACGAUCCAUCCCCACGUGCUUGAAGUUUCCGUCGUCGCUCGAGCUCACCCGGUGUGGGGCGAACGCCCUAUGGCUUUUGUCACAAUUCACCCAGAACACGUGUCUCGAUGGUCUGGACGCCUCGACGAAUUUGUAAAGAACCUCAUGGAACAUGCCAAAACCAGGCUUUCUGGAUUUGCGCGCCCCGAGUGGGUGGAAGUUGUUCCUGAAUUGCCAAAAACCUCCACUGGAAAGAUUUUGAAAACAGAGUUGAGAAGGAGGGCAGCUAAAUUGUGA